UAAGAUUUUGAACUACAAUGAAUGUAUUAGUGCAAAAUGCAAGAACAACUGAUAAGGAAAUCACAAAAGCCCUUAGAAAAUAAGCAGACAAUCAAUUACCAUUUUCGACUUUUUUUGUCGUUUGCGAUUUGAAAAUGAUCACUCGAUACAUUUUAAUAAAAUACUAACUGCAUAAUAAUUUUUAAAAUAAACAUUUUCUUAACUUUGGAGAACUAAAAAAGUGUUUAAAAAAAAUCAAGCUUCAAUGAUUUGCUUGAAAGAUGAAAUAGAUAACAAAAGAAAAUAUUUAAAACUCAUCAAAUUGUUUUUCUAAAAUUCAUAACAUAUUUGAAUGUUUAGUUGAUUGAAAAAAUACGGUAAAAAGAAAUUCCUGGCGAUUAUUAAUAGUUUCUAUAUGUAGCGUUAAACAAGUGGAACUAAUCGCGAGGAAGACAUAAAACAGAUAGAUGAAUGUAUUAAAGCAAGUGUUGAAGAAUGCCAAAUUUUAAUUUUUAACAAAUAAUGAGAAGCGAUUUGGCCAUUAUACUCUUACGUAAUGUCUAAAAAAAAAAGUUGCAGUUUUCAAGAGCGUAACUAAUCAUAACAGCAGUUUAAUUUAUUAAAAAUAUCUAAAUAAAAAAAAACACAAAAUAAUAAUUUUAAUAUUGAUCUUAAAGUCAAAAAUCUGUUUGAAUCACACUCGUUAAAUUCAGUUGACUAUAAGCACUACUAUUGUUACAAUCAGUGGCGGCGGGGGGUCGAUUAGCAAUAAUUGAAUAUUUUUAGUCAACACAAAAAUUAAAAGAAAAAUUCAGGAUACGCCACCGAUUACAAUUAAUCGAAGUCAAUGAUGUCGAAAUGAAACGUUUUACAAUGAUGAGAAUUCGAACUGGAAACAACAAUUUCAAAGACUACUAAGUCAUCGCUGGAGCCGAUGAAAAAUUGUGAUGACAACCGGAUAUCGGUCAGACACGGUGGUGUUAAUGACAAGAAUAAUUAAUUCGCCAAUACUUGCAAUCGGUCAAUGCGCGUGCAGAAUUGCACAGACCGUUUUUAUUAUAAUCCGGUAGUUAUCGAACACAGUCACGGUGCGUUUAUUCCGCACCUAUGGCACCACGUGCGGUGUCCGUAACGGACCGUAGGAGGGGAGCACAUUCGGGAGAUACGCUCAUAUAGUUCCGGUGGUGGCCACUCUUCGCCUCAUUGUUUUUCUCGCUCGCGGUGUCCGCCGCAAUGAUACACGAUACAUCGAUGACUUCGGGACAUAGUUACAGCGGUUUUGUCCGGCCGGGACAUGUCCGUGUGGUGUGCGUUAUAAUUUUGGCAACCAAAUGAGAAACUAAUGUAAAAUUUUAACAGAAAAAAAAACAAUUAACGAUCAAUAAGGUCCGGUGAUGGCCAAACAAUUGCACCUAGACGUUGCGACUAUCCCGUUGGAUAGGACGAUCAGCCUCAAUGUACACAACCGGCACGUACCGUCCAAGUCGAAAUCCAGCUCACCGUCGGUAAAAGACCGGUGGUACAGCUUUCGGGGUCGUCCGCGGGACGACCGCCGGUCCAACGUAGAGGAGUUUUUGUUUAUGGAGAGCCUUCCGGACGAAGUGGCCGAGUUCCGUCAAAUAGAAUUGUCCAUAAUCAUCUGCAAGGACACUAUAAGACAAGACCUGAUGGACUCCAUGAGGACAUGCAACGGACGAUUGUGUCUACUGCAACAAGUGGAGCAAGGUACGUUCGACCCGGAACAACAGCCACCAGAACCUGCACUCAACCAGGCCGAACUGGACAGAUUGCUUUGCUGGGCCAUCUACGUUGGAGCCACCAAUUACCUUGACUACCUAUACGAAAACCGAGCGGAUAUCGGGUGCACGCAUUGCGGUAGUUUUACCGCCAUCCACCUAGCAGCCUUCAUGAACAAUGUUGACGCUCUGAGGUGGUUAAUCGAUAAGAAUUGUGAUAUCAACACUGUUCAAAAUGGUUACACUCCUCUUCAUUCUGCAGUAAUGGGGAAUGCUUUGGAAACCACAAUGAUAUUAAUUGAAAAUAGGUGUGAUAUACAGGAUACGGUAUUACACGGGGCCGUGCAGAUGAAUUCACUGGAGUGCGUCAAGUAUAUUUUACAAAUAGGAGUCGAUCCUAACACAUAUGAUGCCCAUGGCAAUACACCACUUCAUUUAGCUGCAGAUAAAGGUUAUACGGAGUGUCUCAAGCUUUUGCUGACCAGUAGCACUAAAACCAUCAACCUCAAGUCGAAAACUAGACAGGCAACGGCCUUACACAUGGCAGCUGAAAACGGUUACACGCAAUGCGUACGAAUUCUCCUCAACAACGGAUCCAGCCAUAGUGUAUUAAAUGAUAAAUACCAAACGGCUUUGCAUUUGGCUUCAAAGGCUCAAUGCGCUGAAUCCGUAGAAAUUUUAUUGGAGUUGGGAGCCGAGGUAAAUGCACUAGACAUUGACAAACGAACGCCAUUGCACUCGGCGGUAUGCAAAGCUUUUCUAUCGUUCCACGUGGUCGAAGUGUUAGUCAAAUGGGGCGCUGACGUUAACAUACAAGACCGAUAUGGAUACGCACCGCUUCACAUAGCCGCUUUGAACGAAUUGUCACAGUGUGUCGAUUUUUUAAUCAUAAAAGGAGCAGACAUUAGUUCCAGAACUAUUGGCGGCAUGAGUGCUCUGAGUAUUAUUAACCGAAAGACGCCCACGAGCAUCAAUACCAUAAAAAAAAAAUUCGAUCAGGCCAUUUCGUUGAACGACCCUGAAGCUUCAAUCAAAGAGGUCGAACUAAAAAUGGAUUUCCGGUACUUGCUGCAAAACCCCCGUCACGGCGAAAUCAUUUUGCUACACACUCUGGAGGAAUGUGGUCAGAAAUCAAUGUUGGAGCAUCCGUUGUGCGAGGCAUUUUUGUACUUGAAAUGGCAGAAAAUACGUCGUUUUUACUUUGUGCGUUUGUUAUUCGAUGCCAUAUUCGUAUUGUUAUUGACGGCUUACGUUAUAACAGCUUUAGCGCACGAUUGUUACAACAAGGCUAAAAAUAUAACUGUACAAAACCCAGACGUUUGUAUACAGAGUAACUUAUUCGGAACGCAUCUCAUAUCCAACAUUUGGAUAAUUGAGUGUGUUUGGUAUGUUUUGUUAAUGUUUACAUUCAUUGUGAUUGCUAGAAAGUUGAUAGGAAUAGGGGGGUUCGCGUCGGCAAAACAAUAUUUUUCAAACAUCACCAACACCAUUGAAUGGUUCGUCAUAGCCAGCGUUUUUUUAACAUCAUUUGUUUACACGAAAAGAACCUAUCACUGGCAAAACCAUGUGGGAGCAUUUGCUGUACUGUUCGGCUGGUCUAAUUUAAUGGUACUGAUAGGUCAAUUGCCAAUAUUCGGCACGUACAUAGCAAUGUUUACCAAAGUUCAAGCCGAAUUUGCCAAGUUACUUUUGGCUUACUCUUGUUUGCUCAUUGGUUUUACUAUAAGUUUCUGCGUAAUAUUCCCUACGUCAUCUGCUUUCAACAACCCUUUAAUCGGUAUCGUCAAAGUCUUAGUAAUGAUGACGGGAGAACUUGAUUUGGACUUGUUAAUAGGUAAAGACGAAAAAUCGUCAGUCAUUCUGAACAUAAGUGCCCACAUUAUUUUUGUUAUGUUCCUUGUAUUUGUCACUGUUGUGCUUAUGAAUUUAUUAGUAGGGAUAGCAGUCCACGAUAUUCAAGGUUUGCACAAGACUGCGGGUCUUUCAAAACUCGUGAGACAAACGCAACUAAUUUACUUACAAGAACAGGCGUUAUUUCAAGGGUUUUUACCUAGACGCAUCACUGACUUCUUUAAUUGGAGUGCAAGAGUAUCUCCACUAGCAUACCGCGUAGUACUAUAUGUCAAACCGUUAAACCCAAGAGAAAAAAGAUUGCCAAAAGAAAUAAUGGAUGGCGCACUCAAUAUCGCUAGACAAAAACGUUUAAAUAUUAUUGAUUGUAAACAAGCUGUAUUAGAAAAUAAAAUGGAAAAUAAAGUGUUGGUCGAAGAAAUUAAACAAUUAAAAGACAUCGUGCAAAAUCAACAAAAACUACUAUUAGAACUUAUUAAGAAGUCUGAUAAGAUGCCAUCAUAGGUUAGUCAUAGAUUAUACUUAUAUUAUAGUACUUAUUAUAGAUUAUAAUAAGUACUUUAAAUAAAUGUUAUUUAUAAAAUAUUAUUUUAACUUGAAGUACUGUUGUUUUUUCAUGAUGAGCUUUAUUAUUUAUU